GACAACAAUUAUUAGCUAAUAAUAUCACGAAAUAUACCAGAAUAAGAAGCUUAAACUCAACACGUCGGCGACUGACAGAGAAUGAGAUUAUUGCCUCUACGCAGCCGCCGCAACCGCCAGCGAUGGCAACACCUUCCUUGGAAUUCAAUAGAGACAUCGGCAAGACAGACAGAGUGUACCACCCAUUCGAUACUUACAAGUUCGUUACUACUUUACAAGGAUACGGUUAUUCUCGACGUAUAUCAGAGAUAAUAAUGGUUGCGACUAGAACGUUACUCGUACAGCACGCUUUAAUAGCUAGAAGUUCGCUAAUGACGAGGGAAGAUAUGGAGAAUUCAAGCUACCUUUUCAAAGCUGCUCUAACAGAGCUUCGCGUGGAAUUGAGCAUAAGAGGGCGUGCAGACGCCAGUGCUUUGAGGAGCCUGACCACAGCUCUCACACGCGAAGUCGACGGUUUAGAACAGAAAAUGAAAGAAGAUGUAGGAAGUCUCAAAGACGACAUAGAAUUAGAUAUGAACAAUCGCAAAGAUGAGACACAAUCUGAUGGCAAAGCCUUUGAAAUAAACGUACAAUCACUUAACAAUAGGAUAACAGUAGCGACAGGUGAAUUGAGAACCGAAGUGGAGAGAGAUAAAUGGGAUACGACUAUUCGUGUAGUCGGUGUAAUCUUCUUUGAGGCAGUCUGUAUCGUCGCAGCUGUACUCCUCUCGGAUCCUGAAGAUGUAGCUAAACAAAAGCAAGUACAAACACGUUUACCAACUGCUGAAGAAUUGGGUAUUAGGCCGACUGAUGAUGAUAUACAAGAACGCGUUAUAUGAGGAUAGUUUUGGCUUAUUGUUACAAUUUAUCAUGGUUUACGUCCCCGAGUACCCCUUGGCCGACCUCUCGAUCGUCCCCUGCCACGUCCACGAUGUACUUGUGGUUGCUCUUCUACCCGUUCAUUUGGAUCUGCUGUCGCGUAGACUGACGCCAUUGAUCCGAGUUGCAUAUCCGCCAGUUUGGAAGUGAGUUCGUCUUCCUCCUUUGUGGUGUCCUGUUUGUCUUUUUGUGCGAUAAUAUCUGUAUCAGCAGGUUGUUGGAGAAUAGCAUCAUCUUUCUUCUCCGUCUUCUUCUCAGUCUUCUUCUCUGGUUUGUUCUCAGAAAUAAGUGAUUCUAAUCCCUGAAUGAUGGUUUUUUUGUCUGUUUCUUGCUGCCCUGCUAUAGUGUUCUUAUCAAGUUGCCGAGGUGAGGAUGGUAGUGACCCAGGACUUCUAUAGCGACUUUGAGGUGGUUUAUAUCUUUGUAUAUCUUCUACAGGUUGAAAUCCUGGUCUAACUUUUCUCUCCUUCCUCACACUUGAGUGUAUCAGCUAGAAGUACACUCUAGUUGCUAUACCCACCUCCCGUCAGCUCUCACACUUUGUGGAAUAGCACGUUCACCAUCUUCCCUAUCGACGAUCCCAGCAGCGCUCACUACUGGUGUUGAUCGCGGUGUUGUC